AUCCGCUGCGGUCGAAAGCUCACACAAAAAAAAGAGAUUUGACUUUCCAUCAACUGAAAAGUCUUCCUGAAUCAACGUGAAGAGUUCGCUGUGUGAUUUCAUCCGCGAAAAAAGUAUGAAAAGCACCCAUUUGGGGUAGCAGUGAUAAUUAUCAAAUCCACCAAGUGAUACACAGUGAAUAGCGUUUGUUUGUGUUUGAGGCGAAGUAGCUUCUACGUGGAAAAGAAAUUAAUAUUAGUUCUGAAAAAAUCGAUCGUGAUCUUCCUCUUACUUUUUUUCACCUUACAUCAGUCGGCAAUUUUGUGCAAAACGCGAGGUUAUGUUCGCGCGUUUUCAAUGCCCAAUUGACAGCUAGGCGUCAAAACAAAAGAUAAAAACAGUGCGCUCUGUUGUGACGAUUUCGCUAAUAAAUUAUUGGAUAGAAAGCAAGUGUUCGGAAAAUGUUCGGUGCCAAACCGGGAGGAUUUGGGCAAACCAGCGCCGCUGGUGGUUUUGGAACAUUUGGUAACAACACGGCAACAGCAAGUCCGUUUGGGCAAACGGGCACUUUCGGUAAGCCAGCCACUACGGGAGCCUUCGGAACCACUCCAGCGUUUGGACAGCAAGCAACACCUUCGCUGUUUGGCCAAACUCAACCCACGGGAGGGCUGUUUGGUGCAAACACCAGUACUGCGCCAGCAUUUGGGGCAACGGCGACCACUCAGUCCGGAUUUGGAGCAUUCGGUCAACCACAACAGCAAACGACAUCCCUAUUUGGAACGCAAAACAACACCGCACCGAACACGUCUCUUUUCGGGACGAAUAAUAAUAAUUCCACUUUCGGAGCUGCUAAACCGGCUGGAUUUGGUGGUUUCGGUCAAGCUCCGACUCAAACAUCACUGUUCGGACAGGCAAGUACGAGUCAAACCACAACGGGUGGAUUCUUUGGACAGAAUGCACAGAGUGGAGGGCUGUUUGGAGGACCGAAGACAGCGUUCGGAGCAGCCGCUCCCGUUGGAGGCGCUAAUGGAACGGCGGUGGCCAAGUAUCAGCAGACUCCCUCUACCGACACGCUAGUGAAGAAUGGUCAAACCAACACGGUUCAAACAAAGCAGCAUUGCAUAACGUUUAUGAAAGAGUACGAGAAUAAAUCGGUCGAAGAGCUUCGGUUUGAUGAUUAUGGAGCAAAUCGGAAAGGACCACAGACGGGUGCAACUGCCGGAGGAUUUUUCGGGGCAACACCAGCGGCUACGCCGUUCGGUGCACCAGUCUCGCAGCCACAAUCACUGUUUGGACAAAAUACAACAUCUCAGCCGAGCACGGGACUUUUUGGUAGCACGACAAACACUUUCGGACAAUCGACGGCUCCGGCAUUUGGAUCCACACAAAACGCUGGAUUUGGUAAACCAUUCGGGGCCACAAAUGCGAACACCAGUUUUGGUUUCGGACAGACGAACACAAAUGCUCUGGGAGGAUUGGGGGCGGCAAAAACGGCCUUUGGGGCCGCUAGCACUAGUUUGUUUGGACAAACGGCGGCUCCCGCGACGAAUACAUUUGGACAGACGUCGACAUUCGGAGGAUUUGGUACGCAGAAUCAGACACCGGCAACAGGAGGGCUGUUCUCGGGAACUGCGACAAGUACGGCACCCGGCACUAGCGGAUUCGGAGGAUUAGUAGCCCAAACGAGUCAAACUGGGUUCGGAUUCGGAUCGAACACAGCAACCAAUACAACGGGAGGUGGUCUAUUCGGAGCUAAACCUGCCAAUACCUUUGGAACGCUUGGUAGCAGCUUCGGUCAAAAUCCCACAUCGACAGCUCCCACGUUUGGAGGUUUUGGUACGAAUACAAGCACUGGAGGGACGCUUUUCGGCAGUUCGUUCAACAAACCAGCGGCCCCUAGUUUUGGGCUGAACACAGCCACUUCCACGGGAACAUUUGGUGGUGGGUUAAACUUCGGCACAGGAUCGGGUUCACUCUUCGGAAAUACAGCCAAUAAGCCGGGUGGUCUCGGCACCGGGACGGGACUGUUUGGGAACACUUCCACUCUCGGAGGCGGAGGCGCUUUUGGUACACUCGGCACGGGAGGGUUUGGAUCGGGGCUGGGCACUAGCGUCGGUCUUGGAACUACCGGUCAGCCAACACAAACCACCGUACCGAUUCAUCAGCAGAUUUUGGCCAUGGUAACGUCUCCGUAUGGUGAUAAUCCCAUAUUCAAAGACAUCAAACCCCUCUCGGGAACGUCGGAAGAUUCUCUGAAGCCCACCAACCCUUCCGCUCAGAAAGCUAUUCUCGAGAGUGGCAAUCAGCAGUUUAAAGUUUCCCCCAAAGUCACCGUCGGUGGAGUUAAGGUGAAGCCAGUCAGUGCAGCCACGCUGUCGAAGAAGUCUUUGUUUGAAGGCCUCGAAGAGUACGACAGCACACUGGACGAAUCAUUCUCCCUGAAGCCGAAUGCGAAACGUUUGAUCAUCAAGCCAAAAUCGGCCACUCCGACAAUAACUAUUCAAAACAGAUCGACGCUCGUUUCGCAGGUGCAAGCGAAUGAAUCCACCGCUGCCGCCGCGAAGGAGGAUCAAAACCCAAAAGAAACCUUCCAAAACCAGAUACCGGUGAAUCAGUUCGAGCCACAGCCGUCAUCGUCGGCGUCUUCCAACCAGGAAACCAACCGACGAGUCUCCUGGCUGCAGUCGAACGCCCUGGAUAAGGUGCGCCAGAGCAAUCGCCUGUCCGAAUCAAUUCUCGAGAGUACCAUCAAAGAGUUCGCCCCCGUCGGCAGUGCUCAAUCAACGGCAACCUCGCUGCUGAAAGAGGGUUUGCUCGACUCCAGCUCACCAACCGGUUCGACGACGGGUGCAGCAAUCGGGGGUGGCCAACAGCAACCACAACCAGCGGGCGGCGCGGCAAAGAAAGAUUCCAUCAGCAGCGGCAGCUCACCGAUCAACAUGAACGAUUCGCUGCUGUCGAAUCGUUCCUUCCUGAACGAAACGGCAAACGCAACGAGCGGCGUCGAUGUGUCUGGGGUUUCUGCAGGCGGCGCGGAACAGGCCGAACCACAUCCGACCGGGAUAGUGCUCAAUAGAGUAGGCUAUUAUACCAUUCCAUCCCUGGAUGAAAUCCUCCAGCUUAUGGACGAAGAGGGUCGCUGCGUGGUGUCGAACUUCACCAUCGGCCGGAAGGGCUAUGGAAACGUGUACUUCAACGAGCCGAUCGAUGUGGCGAAUCUAAACCUGGAUGAGAUUGUUCAUUUCCGCCACAAGGAGGUCAUCAUCUAUCCGGACGACGAAAACAAGCCCCCGGUUGGGGUGGGUUUGAACCGCAAGGCACAGAUCACGCUGGAUCAGGUUUGGCCCCACGAUAAGGCACUGCACGAACCGAUUAAAGACCCGAACCGACUGGCGUUGAUGGAUUACGAAGGGAAGCUGCGGAAGGUUUGCGAUAAGCAUGAUACACGGUUUUUGGAGUACAGGCCGGAUACUGGGAGCUGGGUAUUCAAGGUGGAUCAUUUUUCCAAGUAUGGAUUGAGCGAUAGUGAUGAGGAUGAGGUUCCGGUGGAUCCCAAGAAGGUGAAAAUGAUGACAUUUGGGGAGGACGACAAAUUGGGUAAGAAAACGGGAGCUAUUUCGAAGAAUUUGCAAGGCACCACUGCGCAGAUAGAUCGCGAAAAGAUGCUUGUUCAGGAUGAGCAGAGCUACUCACUGAUAGCGGAUGGAAGUUUGGCGCCCACAAGUCCCACUGCUGCAUUGGCCAUUGGAAUGGGCACAGAUUCCCAUAAAUUGCAGCUGAUGAAGGCUUCGUUUUUCGUGGAUGAUGACUUCGAUCGCAGAUCGGUUUUCUCCGAAAUGACUGACGGAGGAAGGGACAGUCCCGAUCAGACCGUCCCUAACAAGCCCUAUGGGGGUCUCGGAAGAACCCUCACAAGCACCCUCUAUCUUAGAAACGACGCCACCAAAAUCAUAGAAUCCCGCUCCGAAACACUGGAUGAUAGCUUUGCGGCCCCUCCAAAGCUGUUCUCCACUUCAACCAGCAAAAACUUGUACGAACAGAUUCAACAGCAAAAACGCCUAGACACCACAACCGACAUUCCGCGUCCAAUGGGUCCGCGAUCGCUUCCACUGGUGAUCAAACCAAAAGUGGAACUGGUCCAUUCGCGAGAUAUUGUUCUUCCCAUGGCACAGUCUAUCCUGGCACGUUUUCUGGACAACAAAUCCGAUCUUGCCUUCUUCCAUGGUCGCAAAUUUCGAGUCGGCUGGAGUUUCCCAUCGGUUCUGGUUCAACUAAACACCGCGGAAAACUGUUCCCAACUGAAGAAGGACGCAGUUCUGCAUAUUAGCGAUAUGCAUCGCUUUUUCAACGGUCGCUCCGACAAGGAUUACUCCCCAACCGCACUGCAGAUGAUGCAAAUUCGAUCGUCGGCGGAGAUAGUCGACUUCCGAAAAUCCGUCGAAGAUCACCUGAAAAUUCAACUCAAACACGACGAGGUGCAGAAGGUGGAAAAUAGCGAAUGCCCUUAUUUCGUCGCAGCUGGAGGACACACGGCCCUGGCCGACCAUCUCGAGAUGGCAAAACUGAUCGCCAAUGGUGGCAGCUUCGAGGCGCUUUGUGUGGAAAUAUGGUCCCUGUGCGAUGCCCUCUGGGGCGACCGUGAAGAGCUGGAAGACGUCGAAGAAAGUGCCCACUUGAGUACAAUGUUCCGGCGAGAUCUGUUCUCCGAAUGGUUGGAACGGGUUGUCACCGAGCGAUCGGCUCAAGACGGAACAGCAGCGCUGAAGGGGAAGAAACAGGAGUAUCUGGAUCGGCUGCUGGAGCUGAUUUGUACCCACAAAGUGCUCAACGCUUGCGAACUUGCUUUCGAGAACGAUGACAUUAACCUAUCGAUGCUGUUGGCUCAAAUCUCCGGAGGACCCACGAUUCGUCAGUUGAUUCAACAUCAGCUCAGUUCCUGGCAGGAUGUCGAAGCUGACAAAUUCAUUGACGCCCGGCGCUUGAAGGUAUUUAUGCUGAUCGCCGGUAUACCGUUGCUCUCUUCCAGCCAUGGCACUCUAAAUGUAUUCGAGAAGUUGGACUGGUUAAAAUCUCUCGCUUUACACCUGUGGUAUCUGUGCUCGUCCACCGCCUCCAUUACGGACGCUCUGGUGAAUUACGAAAAAUCCUUCCAAUCGGAUGAAUUCUUCGCACUCCCUCCGACACCGGCAUACACUUCACGCAUCCGAAUGAGCAGCCCCAAACCGAUCCAGGAUAUCCGCUUUCAUCUACUCAAACUCUACUCCAAACGGUCGCACCCACUGGAAGCUCUGCUGAAUCCCGCAACCCACACGCCGGAUCCGCUGGACUUCCGUCUCUCGUGGUUCCUGUUGCAGAUCCUCGAGACGCUCGGCUAUCGCCACUGUUCCGAGCUGUCGCGCAGCCAGUUGCAUGUAUCCUUCGCUAAUCAGCUCGAAAAUCACGACAUGUGGCACUGGGCCAUCUAUGUGCUGCUGCAUCUGAACGACGCCUCCCGGCGGGAGAUCACAAUCCAGGCUGUACUCUAUCGGCACAUCCAGCUCUCGGGAGACGAUGACUAUCUCGAGCGGGAGCAAUUUGUGGUCGGUGAGCUUGGCAUUCCCGAGCAGUGGAUCUUCUGGGCGAAAGCGGUGCGAGCGGGUGCGCAAUUUGAUCAUCACCAGCAGGCCAAGUUUCUGCUCAAAGCCAAGCAAUGGUCACAGGCACACGAGGUGAUCAUGGAGCAUAUUGCCGCGGACUGUGUUAUUAACGAUAACAUCCCUUACUUGAAGUCGCUGCUGACGGAAUUCGAGGAUGUGAAACAAAUUUCCAACUGGUUCAUCAAGGGGCAGAUUUUGAGUGACUUCAUCGAGCUUAAUGAGAAGUUCGACCUGAUCCGGGACGCGAUCGACGACGAGGUGGCCGAGGCUCGACUGGAGGAACUCAAGCCCAAACUGUCCGAUCUGUGCUCGGUGAUCAAGAUGUUCCCCUGUCCGACGCCGAAGCAUCGGCUCUGCCAGAGCGAAAUCGCCCAGCGGUUGGCGUAUCUGAUCCGUUCGUUCUUCGCCCAGGAUCCGCGCAUCAACAGCUGUGCGUUGAUGCGGAACGCACUCGAGAAGCUACCGCUGCCCCAGGAGUACGCACUCGAGGAACUGCGACAUAUGCUGAGCGCGUUCCUCGACGAGGAUCUACGGAAGCAGCAAUGAGUGAGUGUUUAGAGCAAAAUUAUGAUGUUAUUUUAAUCGUAAUGGUGGAAUAAAAAGACACUCUAGAGUAGAUUGGGGUACACAUUCUCUCGUAGGCAAAUUCCAAGAUAAUGACAGCUGUGUCCUACGCGGCGUGGAAGUGAACACAUAUCACAUUCAAAUAAGUAGCGUCCCUAGCUUGUUAAAAAAUGUUAUUAUUAUUGGUUCAUCAAAUGGAACACUUUUAUCUAACCGUGUUCUCCGAGAUAAUUAUAUUAAAAAAAUAUGUGUCAGCAAAGCGUGUGGAAUGAAUCAUGCUAAUUCUGUAUGUUUGAAAAUAAAAUAAUUUAACGUAUUGAUAGGUACAUCGCAA